AAUAACAAAGUGAUGAGUAACUAAUUUAUCAUUAUGAAGCUCACAUCUACCAAUCUUCCAUUGUUGGUAGUUAUGGUGACAUUUUGUUUGUUGGCAACAUUUUACUACAGCCGAAAAACAAUGAAAAUCAAAAUGACAAAUAUAACAGAAAUAACGUCUGGAUCUGCAAGCGAAUCACAUGUAAAUACAGAUCUCAAUCAAGCCUAUCCUAUUGAUAACAAUGACAAUAAAAUAUUGAAAUCUUCUAAACCAGAAAAUACAUUGUCAAGUACAAAACAUCUCACAGACCAAAAAAUGCAAACAUCAGUACAUGUACAAAGUGAUGAAAAUUCAGUAGAGAGAGAUGACACAACAGAGUAUAAUGAAGACAAUAUGGAUUUCAAUGAUGAAUCAUACGCUGAUAGUAACACUGAUGACCUGGACCCAACCAGUGACUUAAUAGCCAAUAAUACGAGUCCACAUGACCCCUGUUUACCAUGUAAGUCGGUACAUAUUCAAGGAAUAAUAGCUGGAGUAAAGAAAGGUGGAACAGCCACAGUAACAAGUAUGUUGAACAAAGGAUCCCCACAUCUGUGUGUGAGCCAGUCCCCAUACUUCAUAUAUGGCAAUGGUAACCAGGAAGAACUGGAGAGGAAAACAUAUGAGAAGUGUGACAGGGACUUAAGCAAAGUUAUACUUCAUAGGGAAACUGGGUGCUACUCCAAUAAAAAAUGUGCAGAGAGAAUUUAUAACUAUGACAGACAUAUGAAGUUGAUUUUUCUCAUAAGAGAACCUGUUGAGAGACUGGUGAGUGAAUACCUGCAGUACUUUGCAA